AUGGGCGUGCUCAGCAUUAUGAUGUACCAUUCCGCAACUUACCUUCCCUAUGCCGCUGUUCUUGUUUUCAUUUUUGUCCUUUUGCGUCGACGCAAACAAGUUUUACCCCUCCCUCCUGGACCUCCCGCCGAUCCAAUUAUUGGACAUCUUCGAAAACUUCCCCCUGUUCACCACCAUGGAAUAUUUCAGAAAUGGGCGGCAGAAUACGGAGAUAUGUUUUAUCUCAAUGUCCUAGGGCAGUCGAUGCUGGUCGUGAACACAUUUCAGAUUGCCACGGAUCUGUUGGAGAAACGGAGUGCUAACUACAGUGAUCGGCCUAAAAGUGUGUCACUCGGCCUACUUGGAUUUGAUUCAUCCCUUGCACUGAUGGAAUAUGGACCGCGAUGGCGAAAGCAUCGACAAAUGGUACAGGCAUAUUUUAAUGCAAAGAAGUGCCGCGACUAUUACCAGCUUCACAUACGAGAAGUGCAUGUCCUCAUGAAAAACCUGUUAUCGCAACCCAAAGGCUUUGAUUGGGCCAUUCAGAGAUUUGCAACUGCGAACAUCAUCGAGAUCACAUAUGGACAUCGCGUUCUAACCGACGACGACGAAUACGUCAAGAUAGGGAAAGCUGCGUUGGAUAGCCUGGAAGCUGGGAACAUCGGCGCUUCACCGGUUGAUUUCUUUCCAUUCUUGCGAUUUGUCCCUCCCUGGGUGCCCGGAUGCUCUCAUUUGACGGGUCCUAUUCGUAAAUAUCAGCCUGCCGUGAGGCGGCUUCACGACUUCCCCUUCCAAGUCGUCGAGAAUGAGAUGAUUACUGGUACAGCUCUACCCUCAUUUACGUCCACCUACUUGGACAAGAUAGAGCGAGAAGGGCCAAACAACGAGAAAGAACUUUCGGAUAUAAAGGCUGCAGCAGCAAGCCUCUAUAUCGGUGGAGUGGAGACGAUGUCCUCCACUCUUCGUACCUUUGUACUCGCCAUGCUGUUGUCUCCGGAGGUGCAGCGAAAGGCCCAGAAAGAAAUUGAUCGGGUUGUGGGUACGGAUCGGUUUCCAGACUUCAGCGAUCGUGCGAGUACUCCGUACCUUGAUUGUGUGUUGCAGGAGACAUUGAGAUGGCAUGCUGCCGUUCCUUUGGGAGCACCGCAUCGAAGCGCCGAGGAUGAUGUCUACAAUGAAAUGUUGAUACCUAAGGGAACGUACGUUAUCACAAAUUUGACAGCCAUGCAUCGAGAGUUCUACAGGGACGCCGAUAAGUUCUAUCCUGAUCGAUUCCUUCCGGAACCCAUUGGCUAUGGCGAGAUUCAUCAUGUUGCUGCAUUUGGGUUUGGUCGACGACGCUGUCCAGGAGUUGAUUUUGCACUGAAUACCAUGUGGAUUAUGUUUGCGACUUUCCUGGCAACGUUUGACGUCACCUAUGCGGUUGGAGAAGACGGCAAGAAGAUAAUCCCAAAGGCAGCGUUUACGCCUCACCUCACCAGUGCGCCUGAGCCAUUUGAGUGUGCCAUUACGCCGAGAUCGGCGAAAGCGGUGGCUUUGGUUCGACAACAGAUCGCCGAUUGA